AUGGAACCAGAAAAAGCCGAAAAUUUCGAAGAUCUUUCAGAAAUUGGACAAACUUGGAAUAAAGUUGAGACUACAUCAAAAAAGUCUGGUUUACGAGAUGGUAUAGCUGAUGGAAGAGAAAGCAGUUUUCAAGAAUAUUUUGAUAUUGGCUUUAAGGAAGGAUUUAAAAAUGGUUAUGCACUGGGAAAGUAUAAAGGCCUUCUAGCAGCCCAUUCGAAGAAGAAUUGUUUGGAGAUUGUUGAGUACCCUUUGUUGCAAAAAACGAGUAGGGGUGGCUGUGAAGUGUGUAAGAACGAGGAACUCUUGAAAAAUGAUGUUUCAGCUAUAAUAAAAAAGCAGACUGAUAUAUCUCAUAAAAAUCUGCAACAAUUAUAUUCUACUUUUAAUAAAACUUUCAACUGUGAAUUGCCGAAAAGUUGAGUAGUAUCUAUUACAAAUGUUUUUGUAAGUUUAAUUUUGUAAACAUUUUAGCAUAACUCUUAGAAAAGAAUAAGGUAUGGGGCACAUUGAGACAAACAUGACAUAGUCCACCUAAGCUAAGACAGUUUGCGUUUUUAUUUUCCAUUUAGUAUUUACAUACAAAUUUUUAGACAUAUAUGAUGGGCAUUGUCCAAGCAGGUAUCAGGGCUGAGAGUGUAUAACAAUCUGGAAAACCGAAAAGACCAGAAAUUAUUAGUAAAUUUCAUAGAUCUAGAAAUGUCAGAAAUAGCAGGUACUAGGUAAUUUCUUGAAUUUGGGAUUUUUUAAAAUGCAGUUGGAUGUCAUUAAAUUAUUAAGUCAACCUCUGGUUAUGAUGGAUAUAUACCCGAAUUAAAACUUGUUUUCUAUUAUCAUCCCAAUUUUUUAUAAGGACCUUUCAUAGAUAAUACGAAUAUUUUCGCCUUCAGUAUUACAUUCUGAUCCCCACCCUUAAACCUACAAUUUAAUGUAAAAUAUUCCACAUAUGUAUUUUUUAAAAAUAACCUUUUUGAAAGCAGUUACUUUGCUUUGUUGAGGUGGGCUACAACAUGUUAAAAGGUGUCUGUCAAAUGAUUGCAACUCAGAUAUGUGAAAAUUCCAAUUAUUCCAAAAAUUCUGAUAGAAGGUGUUGUGAUUCACAAGUAUCGAUUUCUUCGAAGCCAACAAUUUGUUUCCCAGACUUAAUUUUUUUUUUUUUUUUUAGGCAUCAAUUAUACAAAGGAGUCAUAUCUCCGGGGGGUCUGUCUUGAAAUAAAUCUGGUAACCCUAUUCACAAGCCAUCUUUUGGCUCUUUUUAGCGUAACGCUAAUCAGAUUGGUAAAUUGGUCAAUUUUUUCCGAUAUAGAGGGUUUUAAGUUUGAAAUUCCUUAAGCUGAUUAUUAAAAUAUUUUGAAAAUGCUUAAAAGUAGGUAAAUGCAAAUUUACACUGGUAUUUCAAUAUAUGUAGGUAUAUCCUUUAUAAGAAUGUGAAGCUUAAGUAAAAUUUUUUCACCAUUUUUCUUGAUGUGACUUUGACUUAAGACUUAAAAACUAAACAAAUAUUUUUUUUACCAUAAAUCAUCUCUUAUUUUUUUAUUUAUUUUGCCCAUUUUAGGAUACAAAUGAUUUAAAUUUUUGGUAGCCAUUUAGAUAAAUGGCAUAAAAUUAAAUAAUAUUUUUCAUUAUUAGGCAACAAGUGAAAAAAUCGCACAUGAAAUAGAAGGGAGCAAAAUUUUAGCCAAACCCUCCAAUUUUACCUGCCCCUAAAUCUUAGAAUAAUUCUGGACAAUAAUUAUUGUUUUUUAUAAAGAACAAAAUUAUAUAAAUUUUCAUUAUUAAAAUAUAAAAUUUUA